CAACUGCAUUAAAGAAACACGAAGAAGACUGACCGGCAAAUCUCAUAGAAAAACAUGGCGAACACAGCAGGACCCAGCAUGGAUGAUAUGAUGAGAUACGCCGAAUAUUCCCCUAAAACGGCCAUAAGGAGCGACGCAGAAAUAGACAGGAAGCUGGGAGGGACUCUGAUUGCAGUUGGACUCUGUGCUGCUGCUGCAGGUUUUGCAGGCCGUUACGCCUUCCAGCUGUGGAAGCCUCUGGGACAGGUUUUCUCUGAAACUGUAAAGAAGAUGCCUUCAUCGGCUUUCUCCUCAUAUUACAAAGGAGGUUUCGAGCAGAAAAUGUCCCGACGAGAAGCCAGCCUCAUCCUCGGAAUCAGCCCGACCAGCACAAAGACUAAAGUCCGGGAGGCACAUCGGAGGAUCAUGGUCCUGAACCAUCCUGAUAAAGGUGGUUCACCGUAUCUCGCUGCCAAGAUCAACGAAGCCAAAGACCUUUUAGACAAGGAGACCCGCCGAUGACCCGCACCGUGAGGUCAUCGACCUCGCAGCCACACCUCCGCUGCAAUGCCCCCAUCAGCACCCGUGUUAUCUCAUAUGCAGGUUUCAUCUGAGAUGCUCAUAAGUCAUUCAGCUCAUGUUGUGCAAAACCUCCAAACAUGUGUGUAAACAGAGACACUGAUCUCUCUUUCUUUAGUACUAAAAAACAGAAAGCAGUGCUCUUAAAUGCACAACAUCAAUGGAAAGAUUGAAGAUUUAACAGUAACUGCCCCCUGCUGGAGGAGUUCUGUAAUUACAGCUCUGAUCCAGCAAUAACUACACUCGAAAUUAGGCACAACAGUUACAUUUCUGAGAGAAAACAAAGCUACAGCUGCAUCAACACAUGACUGGAUUCAUAGAUUUUGGUGGUGCAGUGUGUAUACAAUAUUUCAUAAACCUGUUUGCGUAGUUUAAAUGUAAAAUAUGUAAAUAAACUGUCAGAAAUGCGACAUAAACCCUA